GCCCGGUCCAGCCUGAAAAGAACGAACGUCUUUGGAGCUUCAGCUUUAGCUCAUUGCGUUCUCGUAUUCCCGUUCCUUCUCAGCUGUGAUUGUAUUUUUAUCUUUCGGUGGCCCCUCCUUCGUUUAUUAUUUCUUCUUAUCUUACUUUUCAUGCCCCCGAAGGCGUGCUCAACUUUUACGCCUGAUUUUCUCUCGUACCUUGUGGUAGCUUGAUUUGUUUGACUUGAACGCCUCGCUCUUUCUCGAAUAAUAAGACGCUCAUUCCAUAUCGCUUGCCAUUAACUGCCUUGAACUUACACUCCUUAUCGGACCUAUGAAAACUAUCAACUUACUGCCAGCACCAAAAAAGACUUGAAUCAAUCUUCCAGGAGAAGACUAUCGCUGAGCGAUCAAGAAUCUUAAGCAUACUCACAUAGACACCAUACACCAUACCCAUCAUCGACAAUAGACACAUUAUGAAGUUCUUCGCCUUGGCCAGUUUGGCUUCUGUAGCCAUUGCUACCAAAACGCCUCCCAGUUCACUUGACACUGCAAAUCCAGAUUCAAUCCGAGAUGUGGCAGGCACCCUCGCCUUCGAUGCCAUGAAGUACUACAGCGGCAACACAUCAUCAGUACCCAAAGAUCUCGGCGACCUUCAAGAUCCAUACUACUGGUGGGUAGCUGGUGCCCUAUGGGGUGUGAUGCUCGACUACUACCACCUUACCGGAGAUUACAGUUACAACGAUGUGGUCAUCCAGGCUCUUCUGGGGCCUACAAAUCUCGGCACUGGUAAGGACUACAUGCCUGCAGAGCAUGCCGACGAGGAGGGUAACGAUGAUCUCUUCUUCUGGGGCUCAGCCGUCCUCUCCGCUGCUGAGCGAAACUUCCCUCAGCCCAACAAGGACCUCCCAUCGUGGCUCGAUAUCAGCAUCAACGUAUUCAACGAGCUUGUGGGUCGAUGGAAUACAACAGCUUGUGGUGGCGGCCUCUUGUGGCAGAUCUACCCAAGUAACCCGAAUGGCAUGACAUACAAAAACUCGGUCAGCAAUGGCGGUUUCUUCCAACUCGCUGCACGUUUAGCUCGUAUCACUGGCGAUAACAAAUAUCUCGACUGGGCUCUUAAAAUCUGGGACUGGUCCUGGGAAGUGGGCUUCAUCGAUCACCGCAAUUAUCACGUUUAUGACGGCGCCAGUGUAGAAGACAACUGCCAGAAGACAACAUACCAUUCUUUCACUUACACCAGCGGUAUAUAUCUUUAUGGCGCGGCGGUUCUCGCCAACUACACUGAGAAGCCAGAAUGGGUCGACCGCUCAAAGCGUCUCCUAGAGGGCACCGAUUGGUUCUUUUCGCCGUUUCCCAACGCGACCAACGUCAUGUACGAAGCUGCCUGCGAGACCGUCAACACAUGUAACGACGACAUGUCCACCUUUAAGGGUUAUCUAUCACGCUUCAUGUACCUGUCUAUUCAGAUGCAGCCCGCUUUGAAGGAGCAUGUCCAUGCUCAUCUCCUCCCAUCGGCCAAGGCUGCUGUCCAAACAUGUACAGGAGGGAAGUCUGGCCGUGAGUGUGGUAUGCGAUGGUAUAACUCGGGUUUUGAUGGAAAUCCCGGUCUUGGGCAGCAAAUGUGUGCUCUUGAAGCUGUCCAGGGCCUGCUGCUAAGUGAUGCUCCUGCGCCGCUCAAGGGCGAUGAUGUCAAGGUUGUCCGCAGCACAGACUGGGCUGCCAUGAAAAAGAAUGAGUCCAAAAUUCAGAGUACACCAACAUCCUCAUCAGAGACAUCAUCAGCAACUGCAGCUCAGCCUACUAAGAGCGAGGAUGCUGCUAGUCUCCCCCGAGUGGAUCUCGUCCUGGCUUCUGUCAGUAUUGGAAGUGUCGUGAUGUUCCUGGGAUGGGCCUAAAAAUGGUGUUGGAUUUUUAUUAGAUCUUAUAGAUAUAGAAUGGAACUGGCGUCGGGUAUUUGGAUAACUGGUCUGAGAGACUACUUCGGUAUAAAACGC